UCGCUGGGUUUGGGGAAAGCUAAGCGUGUCAGAUAUGGCGGAAAGGAAUCACACUACGGCGGCUCCGUCUUCAGCAAGCAUGACCUCUCUGGGUCGAGCGCUUUCCCGCAGCAGGUUAAGUCAACCAGAAGGGUUUCAGUCGCAGAAGAGCCGGAGCGCCGCGGGACAGACUCGCAGGAGGUACUCCAGCAGUUCAGAGUCACCUGAUAUCAGCCCAAAUGUCGAGGCGAGGGUCCUGGUCAUAAACACCGGCGGAACCAUCGGAAUGACGUAUCAUAAUAACGUUCUUUCUCCAGAACCUUAUGCUCUCGUUGAAACUCUACGCAAACUCCCCAUUCUGCAUGAUGAGCAGUACGCACAACAGACCAGACUGUAUGAAUACUACAAGCCUCCAGAGAACACGCUGGUGCUGUCGAAGUCCACUCAUUCUCCUGAUCCUCUAUUUCAUGGACUUUCCAAACAGAACAAGAGGAUUGUAUAUACAGUUUUAGAGUAUUCUCCCCUCCUCGACUCCUGCAAUAUGACCACAGAUGACUGGGCCACUAUUGGAAAAGACAUUGAGAAACACUAUGAGCAAUAUGAUGGUUUUGUCAUCCUGCAUGGCACAGACACAAUGGCUUACACCGCCUCUGCCUUAUCCUUCAUGUGUGAGAACCUGGGAAAGCCUGUUGUCCUCACUGGCUCACAGGUGCCCAUCUAUGAGAUGAGGAAUGAUGGGAGGGACAACCUCUUGGGGGCGCUGUUGAUAGCAGGACAGUUUGUCAUCCCAGAGGUUUGCCUCUAUUUUCAUCAUAAGCUGUACAGGGGCAACCGUGUCACCAAAGUGGAUGCUGGAAGUUUUAACGCAUUUACCUCACCGAAUCUGCCGCCAUUAGCCAAUGCUGAAGUCGACAUUAAAAUUAACUGGGAUACUGUGUGGCGAGCUAAUACAACCUCCAAAUUCACUGUCAACACACAAAUGAACCGUAAUGUUGGUCUCCUGCGACUCUUCCCAGGAAUCACUGCUGAUACAGUGAGGGCCUUCUUGCAACCUCCUAUGGACGGGAUCGUACUGGAGACUUAUGGCAGCGGUAACGCUCCUGACAACCGUGCUGACCUGCUGGAUGAGAUCCGUAAAGCGACCCAGAGAGGAGUCAUCAUGAUCAACUGCACCCAGUGCCUCAGGGGCUCGGUCACAACCUCAUACGCCACUGGCCAGGCUCUGAGUGAUGCUGGUUUGGUCGCUGGGUGUGAUAUGACCCCGGAAGCUGCUCUUUCAAAACUCUCCUAUGUGCUGGCAAAACAAAACCUCAGUAUAGAAGAGAAGAAAAAGAUGCUGAGUCGCAAUCUGCGUGGUGAGAUGAUAGCUGACCUGGGCGGAGCAAAGCUUUCUCUCAGUGACAGUCGAUUUAUUCAGGUCAUCGCCAAGUCCCUCAGCAUUAGCUGUAAAGAGGAGCUUGAAGCCAUACGAGAUGCACUAACGCCCACUCUGGUGUGUGUUGCUUCUAAGAUCGGAGACAUUGAUGCUUUAGAUGCCAUAAGGGAAAUGGGCACUGACUUGAGCAUGGCAGAUUAUGAUGGUCGCACUCCCCUCCACAUCGCUGCGUGUGAGGGCCAUCUGAAAGUGGUGGAGUAUCUGCUGGGUAAAGGGGCCACCGUCUAUGCCAGGGAUCGCUUUGGUGAUACACCUCUUCGCAAUGCUGUUCGCUUCAGGCAUAAAGAGGUUGUGAAACUGCUGAGGAAGACUGGAGCUCAUUUUUCCCGGGAGGAAAUGGAGGAUACUGGAACAGAGUUGUGCAGUCUUGCGGCGAGUGGCGACUUAGAAGGAUUGGAGAUUUGGCAGUUAGCUGGGGUUGAUAUGACCAUGUGCAGUUAUGAUGGACAGAUACCCAUUGAAGUGGCAAGAGCCACUGGAUGUGAGGAGGUUGUUGAGUUCUUAAAGCAGGCUACUCUGUACCAAACACAGCAUCAGACAGAUGAGGGUAAUGAGCCAGUAUUUGAGGAGGAUGAGAAUGGCGAGUAUAUCGAGUUUAAGGCUUGUCCAAGAUCCUGAGGAGGCUGUCCUGCUAGCUGUCACUCUUUUGCAAACAUCCUCUUAAAGCAUAAAAAGCACAAGCCAUACCUUUUAAGCCCGUCCCUCUAAAACCGUAAGCAAUCAGUUCUGAAUGUAUCAUGAUGAUGAACAAUCAUAAAACAAUCAUACACACUAUUUAUGUACAAGCACAUUAUUCAGACUAUAUUACAGUACAAGGUACUGUAAAUGCUGAUGUCAAACAAUAUGAUACACCCUUAUUUGAAUAUGAUAUAUUUAUUGUUUAGAUUUAGAAUGAAUUUAGAUAUUUGAAGAUGUCAGGACUAAUGGCUGUUGUCUUCAUUCAGUGUUUUUAAUGUAUUUAGAAAAGAAAAAUCAAUUGUAACCACAGUGAGGAGGAAGGAUACAUAAUGUUAUAUACAGAGAAGUGCCCUCCUGAGUAACUAUCAAAAAUAAUGUGUUUAUAAUCCAAAAUGUAGUGGAACAUCAGUAUUUUCUUGUUCUUUAUUUUUGUUUGUCUGUAAUUCAGUGUUUCGUAUUCAUACGGAAUCAUGGUUGAAUUUGAGAUCACCUCAAACAAACUGUUUUAUUGUUUCGUUUUUAAGUGUUGUAGCAAUAAAAAUAUGAAAGCAUAUGUUUAUGCUGUUGAGACCUGCAAAUCAA